AUGUCGGAAGAUGAGCGUCGCAAUUCCGACCGGCGCACGCCGCGCUUCAGCUGGAACAGCGCCUACGAGGACACCUUCUUCCGCUCGCUAUGCGAGUCCAUGCAGCUGGGCUAUAAGGAUAGCCACAGCUUUAAGUCGGGUGCAUGGGAACGAGCCGCGAUUGCGUUGCGUGACAAACACAAUGUCUACCCGGAACGGAGCCACCUGAUCAACAAGGCCGACAACGCGCGGAAGAAGUUUCGCAUGUGGAGAGGGCUGCGCGAGGAUCCUGAGUUUUUAUACAACCCUGUCACCCGCAUGGUAACGGCAAAUGAGGAAGCUUGGAAGAGGCACUUCGAGAGAGAGCCGCUGUCCAAGGCGCUUCGUGGCCGACCGUUCGACCACGAAGAAUAUAUGGAAAUACUGUUUCCCGACGUAGUAGGAUCCGGCGGUGCACCCAAGCGAAUUAUGAAGAAACGCAGGAACCCAGAUGGCACUCCAGUAGCCGGCGACAGGACGAACAGCGCGGGCCAAAACGUCAUAGACAUGACCCUCGACCCGAACUUGUCCUCCCACACACCGAGCCAUCCUUCUACACAGCCAGCGCCCCAGGCACCUCACCUCCCCAUGCCUGCCACAUCGCAACCGCCCGCCUUCGCUGCUACUCAAGUCAACACCGCUGGGAGCAUAUUAACACCGCCCGAUGAGCACCCUCCGAAUUCAACCCAUGCGCAAAAGCGCAACACCGUCGACAACGUUAGCUUUCGCCCCACCCCGUCCUCGACCGCUUCGGCACGAAAUCACUCGAUCCACUCCUCCUUCAGCAAUGCUGCUCUUUUUGAAGAGGGGAUAUGCACAAUGGCGGAGGCGCUGAAGAUGCGCAGCCCGCCUCGAUGGCCCGAGCAGGCAAUGGAGAUAUUCUUUCGCGAUUUUGCGGACGAGGAUCCAGAUUUGCAGCUCAAGAUCGCUGAGAAGGCGCUUACGGACGAAAACAAGGCCAUGGUGUUCGUCAAGAGCACGCCUGAUCUCCGGCGUCAUUGGGUUGGACGGUUGAGAGACGUCCACAUGCGUAACCUGGGAGGUGGUCUGGGGCUCGGGCGAGUUGGAGACGAGGCUUCGUAA